CUGUCGACGUCACGAGUUUCGGCGGAGCGGGAGGCGGAGCUUUCGGUUGGCAGAAGCGGCGGUGGCAGCCGGCGCCUCACGGCUGAAGGGAUCUUUCCUUCUUUUCUCCUUUCUUCCCUCCCUCCCUUCCCCGCUGUAGUUCCCCACGUCCCAGUCCCGGCGCGGCACCAGCGCUCGGGAGCACCUUCCCCGCUCCCUUCCGCGCGGGCCCACCGCGGCCGCGCCGACCUCGGUGCCUGCUGUCAGCCUCCCCGCCGUGCCUCCGCGCGGGCAGGCCCCGGGCCCCUUCCCCCCCUCCUCCGGGGGGGUGGGCUCCUCUCCGGAAACCUGGCCGCUCUUUCCGUGCCGCCUGCCCAGCCGGGCCUUCGCCCGCCGCUGCCGGGCAGCGCGGGGGGUCCCUCCCGGCCUCCGCCGUGACACAGGGAAUAAAAUAAUACUGAUGAAGCAACCAUUUUCCUGAAGUUCAAGUUCUCAGGCUUACUGUUAUUAUGGAUGAGCAGCAAGCUUUGAAUUCAAUCAUGCAGGAUUUGGCGGUGCUUCAUAAGGCCAGUCGUCCUGUGUUGCCCCAGCAAGAAACAGGAAAACCAAAGUCAUCUUCGCCUAAAAAACAGAAUGAUGUUAGAGUCAAAUUUGAACAUCGAGGUGAAAAAAGGAUCCUGCAAUUACCAAGGCCUGUUAAACUUGAAGAUCUUGCAGCUAAAGCUAGAGUUGCUUUUGGACAGACUAUGGAUUUACAUUACAGCAAUAAUGAGCUUGUAAUUCCAUUAACCACACAGGAUGACCUGGACAAAGCUAUUGAGUUGCUUGACCGUAGUGUUCAUAUGAAGAGUCUCAAGAUAUUGCUUGUAAUACAUGGAAAUACACAGUCACCCAGUGUAAAUAAUGUGGAACCCUUGCCCUCCUCACUGGAAGAUUUAGAUAAUACAGUGUCUGGUGUGACAGACAGAAAAAGGCAACUAUCUAUAAUAGGUUCUAAUACUCGUGAUAGAAGUUCUCCUCCCCCAGGAUACAUUCCAGAUGAGCUGCAUCAGGUGGCCCGAAACGGAUCCUUCACCAGUAUCAACAGUGAGGGUGAAUUCAUUCCAGAAAGUAUGGAUCAGAUGCUGGAUCCAUUGUCUUUGAGUAGUCCUGAAAACUCUGGCUCAGGAAGCUGUCCCUCACUUGACAGCCCUUUAGAUGGAGACAACUAUCCCAAAUCUCGGAUGCCAAGAGCACAGAGCUAUCCAGAUAAUCAUCAGGAAUUCUCAGUAGAGUACGAUAUUCCAAUGUUUGAGAAAUUUGGAAAGGGGGGGACUUAUCCGCGAAGAUACCAUAUCUCAUAUCAUCAACAGGACUACAAUGAUGGUCGUAAAACGUUUCCACGAGCCAGAAGGACUCAGGGGAACAACUUCCGAUCCCCAGUGAGUUUCAGUCCCACUGACCACUCACUGAGCACCAGUAGUGGGAGCAGCAUCUUUACGCCAGAGUAUGAAGACAACCGAAUGAGGAGGAGGGGAAGUGACAUAGACAAUCCUACCUUGUCAGUCAUGGACAUCAGCCCGCCCAGUCGCUCACCACGAGCUCCAACUAACUGGAGGCUUGGUAAACUGCUGGGUCAAGGUGCAUUUGGCAGAGUAUAUCUGUGUUAUGAUGCUGACACCGGAAGAGAACUGGCUGUUAAACAAGUUCAGUUUGAUCCUGAUAGUCCAGAAACCAGCAAGGAGGUAAAUGCACUUGAAUGUGAGAUUCAGUUGCUGAAAAAUCUGCUGCAUGAAAGAAUUGUUCAGUAUUAUGGCUUCUUGAGAGAUUCACCAGAAAGGACACUCUCUAUAUUCAUGGAAUAUAUGCCUGGGGGUUCCAUCAAAGACCAGUUGAAGUCAUAUGGAGCACUCACAGAGAAUGUGACUCGUAAAUAUACGCGGCAGAUUUUGGAAGGUGUUCAUUAUUUGCACAGUAAUAUGAUUGUCCAUCGAGACAUUAAAGGGGCAAAUAUUCUGCGAGAUUCAGCAGGCAAUGUGAAGCUCGGUGACUUCGGUGCCAGCAAACGACUGCAGACUAUCUGUCUCUCUGGUACAGGAAUGAAGUCAGUCACAGGAACUCCAUACUGGAUGAGUCCAGAAGUUAUUAGUGGAGAAGGUUAUGGCAGAAAAGCAGAUAUCUGGAGCGUAGGUUGUACAGUGGUAGAAAUGCUCACUGAGAAGCCCCCAUGGGCAGAGUUUGAAGCAAUGGCUGCCAUCUUUAAAAUUGCCACUCAGCCAACCAACCCCCAGCUGCCACCUUAUGUCUCCGACCAUGCUCGGGAUUUCUUGAAACGGAUUUUUAUCGAGGCCAAGCUGCGACCAUUUGCAGAUGAACUGCUAAGACACACGUUUGCACACUAUCACUAACAGCCUGCCUCGACUUGGCUUGCAUCUACUGCAUUUGUUUUCUAUUUGACUGCACUUUUAUUUUUAUUUUUUACAAAAAAAAAAAAGAGAAAUAAGACAAGAGAGAGAAUAUUCUCUUGAAUCUUUGUUUCACUUAGAUUGUAAACAAUCUAAAUUUUGUAUCUAAAUGAGAAUCUUCUCUCCCCUGCUCCUUCCAGGACUAGAACUUUUUGUUUAUAUAAUGUACUGAUGUGGUUCAUGUAGAUAAAGCACUUUAGUACAUAUUUGUUCUUUAUUUAAGGGAAAAAAAAGAAAAAAAAAAGACAUGCUUGGACAGUCAGGAACUGUGUGACUUUUUCUGACACUGCUGACUGACUCAGGUUGCAGGGAAAAAUAGACAUGCAGCUAAAGGACAAGAAGGUUACUUCUAUGUAAUUCUUCUUUAUCUUGUAGGUACUUGCAGCAGAGAGUUCUAACUUCUUAAUAUAAUUUAUCAUUUUAAUCAGUUCCUGGAUUUUACAGUUCAAGCUGGAACAUGCUGGAACAGCUAACCAAACAGCCGGAAGAACUUGGAACUCUUUGCGCAGCGGCGUGUCUGACCAGUACUUCUAUGUGACCAAAAGAAAAUAACAAAAAAUAACUCAACACUGAUGUACUAGUUAGAGGGUUUGGUGUAGAACUCUUGUAUUAUCUUAACAGGAAAAUAAUAACAGGUGAACAGAUCAUGGACCCAGACUGCUAGGAACUCCUAUACUGCAAGGAAAAAAUUUCUGUAGUAGACAAGAGUCAGCUGUUGGAUGUAAAUAGUUAGGAGAAUGCCUCCUGCUGUAUCUGCCAAAGAGAACUUCUGUUGCAUAAGCUUGGAGGGAAGACGGUUAUCUUAGGUAAGAACAAUUAAUGAUGAUGAGAGUCAUUUCUCCUUCACAACCCCCUGAAUAGUGUCAGGGGAAAGGGAGUGACUAAUCCUUGUGUAGUAUAUGAGUUAAUUCAGAAUGAGCUAUAAGAAAAAAAACAUUUUCAAAGCUGUCAUGAGGCGCUAGGAUGGAAUGUAUGUCAACAUCAAGUGCCUGAAUAAUAUAAAAUUCUUCCUGUUACGCACUGAAAAAAAAGUUGUUUUAGUAGCACAGGGCAGUCAUCUAGGAUGUGUUGAAAAGUCCUAAAGUAAAGUUAGUAUAAAUACAAGCAUCUUUUAACACCAGGAAUAAGUCACUGAGAGGUAAGACUCCAGUUGUAUUUUAAAAAGGUAGCAAUGAUGAAUCCACAUGAAUAAGAAGGUACAGCACAAAAAAUGGUAUGAAGAACAGGCCAAAAGUGCAAAGAGAGCCAGCAUGAAUACUCCAGCCCAGUAGUCCGGAUGUUUGGUGUUUGUCAGAUUUCCAGUUGUCAUAAAACCAUCACUUUUGCCAUUUCUGAAAAAGUAUAAUGAAAGAACAAAACUAAUACUCUGAAAUACUGCUUCUCAGUUGAGAAGUUCAGCUACUGAUCAGGUGUAGUGAGUAGCUGACUUUUCACAACAGAAAAGUUAAACUCGUAUUUUUGUAGAACACAACAUAAACAUUUUAAAAGGGCAUUUUGAAAUAAACUACUGGACUAUAGACCUGAAAUAAUGCAUACUGGUUUGGAUGAUUCAUUGCUUGGUUUUGCUAUUUUGUAAAGGCAGAGUGGGGUGGUACUAUGAACCCUGUGUGCAUUAACAAAGCUCUACCUGUUUUGCAUUUUUAGGGAACUAUCAGAACUAUGAGGUGCAUGGAAAUAGAAAAAUAAGCUUAUCCAUUCCCAUAGUAGUUCACUCAUGAGAUUUCUGAAAUAACUCUGCUAACUUCCAAAUUUUACAUUAGAGCAUAAGCAGGAAUAUGGAUCAAUCGUAAUUAUUUUACCUACAGUGGAGUAACAAUGAUUUUUUUGAGGCCAUCUCUCCUCUGGCUGAGAGUAGUGGCUUCUUUGGUUUAUGUGAAUAUUUCACCCAGCUUACCAUUUUCUCAGUCAGGGCACAAAACUGUGCCAGCUUUUCUGAGCAUGGGAAAAACUACUCAGAUCACAGAAAGUUUAGAAGGCUGAAAGGAAAGCCAGCUUGUACUGACUUUUUUGCUUCUCUGUCACUAGAUAAAAGCUAUGAAAACAGCCUUUAAGAAUAUUUGGUUCAUACUCUGUGUAAAGGACCUGUGCUUUAUAAGCAAUAUUUAGUGACAGCAGGGAUGGGAAGCUUAAUGUAGAGCCUAAUAUUUUGUGUAAGUAAUUUAAAGAUCAUAAAACUGAAAUUAUUGAUUUCAAGCAGAUUAAGAAGAUACAGAAACCUAGGUGAAAAUGUAUAUAAAAAUCAGUAGUGGACAGUGAUAUCUGAAAAGGUAAGGAAAUUUUAUAUUACCAAAAAAAAAAAAAGGACAUUAAAGGGAAAAUGUAACCAGGUUUAGCUGUAGCAUUCGUAACAUUUAAAUAUAGUAUUCCAAAAAGAAGCUGCACUCUCUGAAGCUUGAAAAUUUUCAGAAUCUAGUGUUCUUAUAAUGUGUCCUUUUUGUGAGACAGUGCUGGCUCACGUAUAUUGCAAUAUCACUUCAUUGUGAUUUUUAAUAACUGAAUAAUCAUGUUUGCUGCUUUUGUGCCUUUUCUAAAAUACGGCAUUCAGUCAUGACAACGGUAAGCAUCUUGGAGCCAGGAAAAAUAGAAUUUGCAGAAUGCAUUUUCCUUAAUUUUUUUAACAUAUCAGAAAGGUACCAACAGAAAGACAGUGCUUCUUAAAUGAAGAUGACCUUUGCCAUUUCCAGUGAUUCAGGUAAAAGUUCAUUAAUUUAACUAAGAUGAGGUUUGCACUGUUGGGUUUGGGUUUUGGUGUUUUGUUUUUUUUUCACCCUAUGAAGAAUUUGUCUGCUGAUUUAAGUAGAUAUUUAUCAAUGUAGAUGUUUUGAAAUAUAAAUAAUUAUGAAGCUAAAUCAGACUUUUAUUGAAAGGUUAGCUAAUAUUAAUCCCCUGUUGGGGCAAUGUAGUAAACCAAGCUGCAUUAAAUAACAGUACCUCUGUAUACAAUGUCUGCAGAACACGUUGUAUGAUACUGAACAAACCCCUGGUUCUAGAAUUCGAGAGUGUGCAUGGAAUUAUAUGCUUAAAACACCAUUGGAUAAGGGUUGCGGAGCCAAGAUCCCUGCUCACAACUUCUAAUAUCUUAUAAAGAUACCAGCAUUUUAGAAUCAUUAAUUAUUCUUAAUUGUUGAAUACAAUUCCUAGAAAAUGCAAUGAAAACAAUGCUGUAAUGUUGUUCUUUAAAUGCCACAAUGAAGCUCUGCUCUCAAAAAAUAAGGAUCAAGGUUCACAGUGAGCAUGCAUAUUUUCAAAGGAUUUGCCUGCUAAUGACUUUUAGUAUUCUCUUCAUUGCACGCUAUUAAGUAAGAAAAAGUUAAGCUACUUCUUUGGUAUGGUUUUAAUAGUGUAACAGUCCUGUGAGAUUGAGCCUGAAAGUUUCAGUUGAGCUAGAGCAAGUUGUUUAUUUGUAAUUAACUGCAGGGUUAAAUCUACAUUGGCUUUUUUCUUGACAGUUUAAAAUUUUAACUUCAUUUGCUGUUUGAUUUGUAGCUGGUUUUGUACUGUCCUUUCAGUAUAACAACGAAGUUUUGUGUUUUUUUUUUUACUUUUUUUUUCCUUUUGAAUGGUAUGCCUUAAUUGAAGUAUGUGACAUUCCAUGUCACCAAAACAGCCACAGAGUAUGUUUUUUUUCAGUGCUCAAACCAGAAUUCACCUAAUUCAUUGAAAAGUGGACUCAAAUUAUGCUCUGCUGCUGACAUUGAAAUUGAGAAGUUUACAAAGGGACUUUGGAAGCACUUCCUGUGCGAACGCAGGGUUUGUAUUUGUGUUUUGGAGAAGGUACACUGGUGUACAUACCAGAAAACUUACUUUUCUGCACUUAAAAAGGUACUCUUAAGAGUCAAGGUGGAGCUUCCUAGCUCUGGGUCCUGGACUCUGCAGUAAACCCAGAGUGCAGCUUAAGUUCUUAAUGGACUUGAAGUCACAGGCGGUACAUUUGUGAACAUGGUAUACAUUGAAAAUUGUUUACUUUCAGUACACAGGAAUAAUAUUAUGUGUCUAAGCAAAUCAACAGAUUUCUCAGUGUAGCCAGCAUUGUGCCCAUGAAAUUCUUUCCUGUGCCUUUUGGAUAACCCUGAUCCUGCCAUUGUCUUGACUGAACGCCUUGUAGCACCUGUAGGUACAGCACAGUACAGCAAGCCAUUCUUUGGGACAACACAGAGCAAUGUCUUAACUGCAGCUUUGGAGACCUGAGCAAAUUGGUCAGAUCUACAGUAACUUAUUACUCUUACUUCUUACUCUUUAAUCUUGAAAGUCUUUGUCAUGCAUAUAGAAAAGCGUAAUGUGUGUGCUUGAAUGUGAGUCCCUAUGGUGUUCCUGGAAAAGCAAAAGUAUUACUGCCAGUAUCAUUUCCUCUUGCUGGUAACUUGCUGUCUUGUGUUAAUGACAAGUCUGCAGUGUAAAAUGACAUAAAAUUACCAAAGCUUUUCUAUCCCCAUAUAUACAUAUAGCCAAAAAGUGAGAUUUCAUGGAUUAGUACUGUUACUUAUAUAUAUCCAUCAGUAAGCUAUUGCUAACAGCAUAAAGCAGGUACUAGUGAAAAGUGAUAGACACUGCCCAUAAUUAAGAGAUUUGGGUGUUCGUAGUUGCUGUUUUGAUGUGCAGAAUUCAUGCCAGCAUUAAAACUAAGAGUUUGCCUUUUAAAACUCUUUUUAACUUUAUCGUACUGUUGUUACUCUAAAAUUAAAGCAUAAGCUUGGUGACUAAACCUGGUGAAUUUACUCGCCAGGUUUGAGCUUUGGGACAUUUAAGGGACGCCGUGGAGAUGAGUAGAUUUGUGACUGAAUUGCUGUGUGUGCCAUAGUCAGAACAUUUCACAGUCAGCUUGCUGGGACACCCAGCUGUCACCCACAGCUACUGGGGUGUCAGUGCUGCCUUCAGGAGGAGCCACACACACACCCCAAAAAGGCAGCAGGCAGAAUUGCCAUCUGCUGGGGUUUCUGAAUCCAAAUCCUUGAUCAGAAACAAAGGAGCUCCUUUAUCUUUUUAUUUUUCCCCACUUAGCCCUCACAGUUUAUUUUUCAUUCUAGUUGGCAUCGCUCCUGAACAAAGGUGUGAGUUUAUGUACAGCUUUAUAGCAAGGUCCCAUCACUUGCACCCAGGAUGCUGCAGGUUCCCCUGGCUGGGGGUGAUGAGGGAGCAGGGCUGCCCUGCCCCAGGGGUGCUGCCAGCCCUGGGCACCCUGCCCAGCUCCCCCUCCUUCCACAGCCCAGGAGGAUCCCCCACCUGCUGGCACUGAGCCCCCCUGGCACCCUCUGCAGCUCUGGGCCAUGCAAAGCUUUGGCUUUUCUCUAGGGAUAUACACGUGUAUGUUUUUGAGGGGUAGAUGGGAUGGAAAGAAUUAAUUUGUCAUGUUUCAAAGCACCACUCCUCACAGUCACAGCUUUGCCUAGGUCUCAGUUUUCAUAAACUUACUUUAAAUGGAGAGCAACUGGAUUAAAACACAUAAAAUUUUAUCUCAUGGUUCAGGUCUUAAUUUGAGUCCACCAAUGAGGACACAGGGUCAGGGUUUUCUGUCAAGAGAUAAGGAAAAGGAUACUCAAUUCCAGAGUGGAUAUUCAUGGGAAACACUUUGGAGGGUUUUCCUGUCUUUUACUCCAGAACUAGACCAUCCUUUUCCCCAGAGGUUGUACUGUGUGGAUUUAAAUCCAGGGAUUGUGUUUUCUUUUCUGAGCAGGCGUUAGAUUGUCAGUUCCCUGGGGUUUGUUUCUUGUAUAAAAGAUGGUGUCAUCCUGAAAUUGGAAUGGUUUAUUAGCGCGUCAUGUCUGCAUCUCAGACCUCACAGGAGUCCUGUAAUGUAAUAGCAUUGCAAUCACACGGAGGAGGCUUAGAUGGAUUGGAGUGUAGGCUUUUAGUCUUCAUGAAGCUAUGAAGAGAAAUUUGUAAGUUUACUCCUGAUCUAAUGUACAUUUUUAUGUAGCCAUUAAAUUCUCUAUUUAAUCUA